UGCAAUGAUGCAAUGCAUCCAAUGCAUAUGAUACUAAUUAGAAUUACGUAUGUAAUAUUUUUACCGUGGGUUAAUAUGGAUAGCAAUAGUGAUAAAGAAAGAAAAAGAGUAGGAUUGAAUGGGAUCUUAGGAUCUUAGGAACUAAAAGCCAGGUGGUGGAUAAUUACUGAGAGUUAAAGAAACAAAUUUAAUCAUCGUGAUGCAUUGAAGGAAGUGCAAGAGAAGCUACGUCAGUCUGAACAAUCUAACAGUUCUAUGAAACAUUAAAAAAUAGUUAUUGAUUUAAUUUAACAUUAGCUUCGUUGAACAGCGAAGCGAAUAGGGAACUGUCAAUAGUGUCAACAGUGUUUGAAGAUUAAUAUUUAUUAAACAUGACAAGUGCAAUAUCAUACAAAUAGUAGAAUAUAAUUAAAAGAAGAUCGAGUAUAUUAAGAUAUAAGAAGUUUGAAAUUUUGUGAAAAUGGAUAUCGCCAAAUCUUUGUUCAAUGUUCGUGAUCAUGAAGGUUAUGUUGGAAAAGAAGAUCAUAAUAAAAAAUUGGAGACAGCUAUAUCUGAAGAUGAAUUCGAAAUGGAAGUCACAGGAUUAUAUGGAGAAAUAUUAUCUCCUGCUCCUGGAGGACCAUUUUCUGCAUUGACACCAUCCAUGUGGCCCCAAGAUAUUUUAGCCAGAUUAAAUCAACCAGAUGAUCCUAAUUCACAACCUGAAUAUAGAUUUGAUGAAUUUGGUUUUCGUGUGGAAGAAGAAGAUGGUCCAGAGCAAAGCUCUAAAAAACUGUUAGGUAUUCCUUUUGUUGAGGAUCCUCAACAUAGAUUACAAUGGGUUGCUUUAUUGGAGUUCAGUCACAACAAAGAAGUAACAGAAAUUUCAUGGCAGAAUCUGGAUAGAAGAUUACCUCGUACAGAUAAAUUACGUGAUAUGGUCCGUCAUGGUGUACCUCAUUCGCUUAGACCUCAAAUUUGGAUGAGAAUGUCAGGAGCAUUACAAAAAAAAUGUUCCACUGAAAUAACAUACAAAGAUAUAGUAAAAGCAUCAAGCAAUGAUGCUUUAAUGACUAAUAAACAGAUAGAAAAGGAUUUGCUUCGCAUUAUGCCCGCCAAUGCAUGUUUUAGUCAUCUUCACAGUACUGGAAUACCACGUUUGAGACGUGUUAUGCGUGCUCUUGCUUGGUUGUAUCCUGACAUUGGGUACUGCCAAGGUACAGGAAUAAUAGCAGCUUCUCUCCUAUUGCUCCUAGAGGAAGAAGAUGCUUUUUGGAUGAUGGCUACAAUAGUAGAAGAUUUAUUGCCAGCAUCUUACUAUUCUUCGACAUUAUUGGGUAUUCAAGCUGACCAAAGAGUACUUCGUACACUAGUGCUUAAUUAUCUUCCUGACAUAGAUCAGGUUCUGGUUCAACAUGAUAUAGAAUUAAGUCUAAUAUCUUUGCACUGGUUCCUGACUUUGUUUGCAUCAGUUGUACAUAUGAAAAUAUUACUACGCCUAUGGGACAUGUUUCUUUUUGAUGGAUCUAUAGUUUUAUUUCAAGUUACGCUCGGAAUGUUAAAAAUUAAAGAAUCUGAAUUAAGACAACUGGAAAAUUCUGCACAAAUAUUUAAUGCUCUCUCAGAUAUACCAGGAGAUAUUGAUGAUGUAGAACAAUUAUUUAAUAUAUCAUUAGAAGUAAGUGGAUCGUUAACAGAUGUUCUGGUUGAAACACACCGACGUCGACAUUUAGCGUAUUUGAUGGCUGUUCAAGGCGGAUUAGUAGGUAAUCCUGAUGCUGUACCAAAUUUACCAAAGCAGCAUCUUAAUAGGCGCCAAGUGAAAAGAAGUAAAUCAAUGCUACAAACAUUCUUAUUUGGAAAUGACGACAAUGAAGAUGAUGCGAAAUCGAAAAACAUUCGUCAAACAGAAAUAUUGGUAGAUUUAAGAGAAGCUGUUUUACAAGUUGCUAGACAUUUUAUAAAUGUCGAUUCAAAAUUGAGUAACAUUGUACUUAUAGCAGAUUACACUAUGGAAAGUCAUGCAAAGGAUCAUGACAACUAUGUCAAUGUAUCACGUACCAGAAAAAGAAGAGCUAAAGCAUUAUUAGAUUUUGAAAGACACGAUGAUGAUGAAUUGGGUUUCCGAAAAAAUGAUAUAAUCACGAUUUUAAGUCAAAAAGAUGAACAUUGUUGGGUAGGAGAACUCAAUGGUUUAAGGGGAUGGUUUCCUGCAAAGUUCGUAGAAUUAUUAGAUGAAAGAAGUAAACAAUAUACAUGUGCUGGAGAUGAUGCAGUUAGUGAAGCUGUUACUGAUUUAGUUAGGGGAACUUUAUGUCCUGCUAUAAAAGCAGUAUUAGAAAAUGGAAUGCGCAGACCAUCAUUUUUAGGUGGACCAUGUCAUCCAUGGCUUUUUAUAGAAGAAGCCUCUAAUAGAGAGGUAGAGAAAGAUUUCAAUUCCGUUUAUAGCAGAUUAGUACUUUGCAAAACAUAUAGACUGGACGAAGAUGGUAAAGUUCUUACACCAGAAGAGCUGUUAUAUCGAUGCGUUCAAUCGAUAAAUUUAACGCAUGAUAAUGCACAUGCGCAAAUGGAUGUAAAACUACGAUCUCUUAUUUGUCUAGGAUUAAAUGAACAAGUUUUACAUUUAUGGCUCGAAGUUUUAUGUUCUUGUGUGGAGAUCGUACAAAAAUGGUAUCAGCCGUGGAGUUUUGUAAAUAGUCCUGGGUGGGUACAAAUUAAAUGUGAAUUGAGAAUAUUGAGUCAAUUUGCAUUUAAUUUAAAUCCAGAUUGGGAAUUGCCACCUAAGAAAGAACAAUCACAACCUUUAAAAGAUGGUGUCCGUGACAUGUUAGUUAAACAUCAUCUAUUUAGUUGGGAUCUUUAGUGGACG